AUGAAUGAAGAAGACUUUGUCUGUUUGUGGCCAGGCUCGAUGCCAGUUGUGCCAAUCGUGGCAGAGGGUGAACUCUGGCAUCCAUGGUUGUGUAACUGGGGAAUCCCUCCCCUCUCAGAUAUUCCUCUUCGAGACGGGUCUCAAGAGAUGCAUGCCAACUCUCCUGAAGAUGAAGAAAACCUAGUUAUCAAGGCUGAGCCUUCGUCGCCGGAUACCCUGGCGGCACCCGAGUCACCUCGAUCGCCAUAUCUCUACGACAUUACGCCCUUUCGUCGCUCACAAAGCCCCUCUCCACUCAAUCUUGUAGAGGCAGCCAUCGACUCUACUGAGAAUGAAGCAACUGUCACUGUGAAGCCGGAGCCUUUGUCUCCAGAAACUGUCCAAGAUGUCGUAGAGGUACCUCGAUCACCAGGAUCUCCCUCACUCUACGACAUCUCCCGGUUCUACGCCGCACCCGACCUAUCCCCUCUUCAACCGGCCCCCGAAGACUUCGAACGGCCCAUCCCAUCUCGCGCGCCCUCACCUCGAACCAGCGCCCAGCGAAACACGCUCGGAGGCCGCGUCAACGGUCACGGCAUCCGUCGCAAUCUCCAAUUCUUCAUCAACCGUGGAAAUCAGCGACGCGCGAUUAGUCACGCUCAAAUGCUCCGUCGCCGUCGAAUGCAAGAGGAGCAAUUUGGGAUCCGACAGUAUCGGCGUCAUGUAGAUGAACUCCAGCGACAGCAUGAGCAGCGACUGCGAGACGGUGAGAAUGCGCCGUGCAAUAGCAUUCCCGUGUCGCGAGGGCGCCGAUUUCAUGGUGCGCCGCGGUUUGUGGAGAGAUUCAGCGUUCGAGAUGAAGAGGAGAGUGGAUGUAUGAGCCCUUAUGACUUGUACUAA